GUACCUGUGAGGGUUCCAGCUCCGUCCAGAACAACGAGCCGGACCGAGGAUCCUCUCCCAUCAUGCCUCGGGUGUCGUUCACCGCUCCCUCGCUGUGCCUCGCCUUCCUCCCUCUGCUGCACCGCCUGCUCCCCUCGCUCCCCGCCACCGUGCGAGACGUGGACGUCCCCCCUCUGUUUCGGGAGCGCUUCAUCCUGUCCGGGUACCGGCCCGUGGGCCUGUCGUGGCGCUGCUACGGCCUCAGCCUCUUCCAGGUCCACAACGAGACCCUGAACGUGUGGAGCCACCUGCUGGCCGCCGUCUGCGUGGCGCUGAGGUUCACGGCGUUCGCCGGUCCUGAAGGUCAGGGCUUCUCUGUGGACGUCUCCUCGCUGCCUCUGGUCCUCUACGUUCUCUCAGCUGUCACCUACCUGAGCUGCAGCGCAGCGGCUCACCUGUUGCAGUCCCACUCGGAGCGCUCUCACUACUCCCUGUUCUUCCUCGACUACGUGGGCGUGGCCGUCUACCAGUACGGCAGCGCUCUGGCUCUGUGCCUGUACAGCUCCGACGCCGCCUGGACGCAAAGCAUGCUGGGACAGGUCUUCCUCCCGGCCGCCGCCCUCCUCGCCUGGUUCUCCUGCGCCGCCUGCUGUUACGCUAAGCUCCGUUUCCGGCGUCCGUACCCGCUCCGCAGGAAGCUCUGCCAGGUGGUGCCGAUGGGCGCGGCCUACCUGCUGGACAUCAGCCCCGUCGCUCACCGUCUCGCCACCUCGCCUCGCUGGACGAGCAGCUCUGGGCUGCAGCUGCACUUCCUGCAGGUGGUGCUGUUCCUGCUGUCAGCCUUCUUCUUCUCCUGCCCCGUCCCCGAGCGCUUCUCCCCGGGCCGCUACGACAUCGUCGGCCAUGGCCACCAGCUCUUCCACGUCCUGCUGUCCCUCUGCACGCUGGCCCAGCAGGAGGCGCUGUUCCGGGACUUUCUAUGGCGGCGGCCAGCGCUGGUCAGGACAUACGGAGAGGAGCGCCUCCUGCUGGCGUGCGCCUCCUUCCCCUGCCUGACGCUCUGCUGCGCCAUGACGGCGCUCGCCAUGAGGAGGCGAGCUCGAGCUCAUCUGAUGAGAGAGCAGAGAUAG